AUGCCUAUUGAUGAUGUAACUCUUGUGAAGAAGAGUGAUGUUAUAGAGGAGGUACAGGAUGAUGUUCCCACCUCAGAGGAUGGGAAAAUUAAAUGUGUUAUGCCUCUUUCUGUUUGUAAGAGGUUGAAUAUGGGAGCUUUAGAUCACACAAAUAACUUUGCAAAUGGUGGAUCGCUUUAUAAAUACCCUUUGGGGGUUUUAGAGGAUGUCCCCGUUCAGGUUGGAAAAUUUUACAUUCUUGUUGACUUUGUAGUUUUGGAUAUGGAGGAUAGUCAAAUCUCGAUCAUUUUAGAUAGACCUUUCUUAUGUAUUCCAGGUGUUGUUAUUGAUGUCAAGUCGGCCUGUCUUACAUUGUCUAUUGGUGAUGAUAUAGUGAAUUUUAAACUAACUAACGCAAUGAAGUCCCGUAAGAAUACUUGUAGGAUUAAUGUGAUUGAUGAGAUUACAAGAGACCAUAUGUUGCUUGAUGAUCCAUUAGAAGCAGUUCUCACCUUGGAGGUUUCUAAAUAG